AUGAAGUCCUUUGUAACGUCUGGAGACGUGCCAAUUGGCUACACUACGCCUAGUUUUCCAUCCUUGUACUGGCCGAUCAACAACAAGAAAUUCACAUUAUCGCUGCUCUAUUAUACGGGCGACAUAUGGAAGUUUACCAUCUACUGGACUUUUAUCUUGUUUGCAGUUUUCUACGGCGCGGCGGGUCUGCUUGCAAGCUGUUCCCACAGAAAAACAGCCGGAGGGCUUUGGAUCAUGGCUUUUUAUCUGUUCGUUGGUGGUGUACAAGCACUAGCCUCUGGAACCGUGGCUGGGUUGAUUUUAGCCGUAAUUUACAAAGCGGGGCUUUUCGCGAUGUCUACGUGGAUUCCACUGUGUUGUGCAGUCGUGCUAAUACUGUUUAAUGUCAAUACCAGUUAUUCUAUGGCAGGAAUCAUCAUAUGA